CGAAAAAUGAAGUUGUUGUAUGGCAGGUUCCAUGGAAACUUCCGUAUGCGCAUGCGUAGGUUCCGAGUAUGGGAAUUUUUCCCAGCAUUCAGUGCUCUUAUUGGACAAGAUGGCGGCCGCCAUUUCAUGGGAAGAUGCAAGGGAGUUGUUGAAAAAAUGGAGAGAGGAGAAUGCAAGGCGGAGUGCAGAGACGUUAGAGCUGGGGGAGUUUGUUCUGACAAACUACAAAAGACUUGGUGAUGAAGUUUGGGCAGUCCACGAGCAAGUCUGCAUUGCUGCCUUAGAUGUAGGUGACAUAGAAGAGGCAUCACUCUCUAUCAAUGCAUUGAAAAAACAAUUCUCAAAGAGCACAAGGGUGAAGAGAUUACAAGGCAUGAAACUGGAAGCACAAGGAAGGUUUGAUGAUGCCAAACUAGUUUAUGAAGAAUUGUUAAAAGAAGACCCUUCCAAUGCUAUGAUAAAGAAAAGGAUGAUAUCUAUCUUCAAAGCACAAGACAGAAUACCAGAGGCUAUUAAGGAGCUCAACAAAUAUCUGGAAAGUUUUAUGGCAGAUCAUGAGGCAUGGUUAGAGUUGUCAGAGUUGUACAUACAGGAACAAAAUUAUAGCAAAGCGGCAUUUUGUUUGGAGGAGUUAAUUAUGUCAAAUCCACACAAUCAUCUCUACCAUCAAAGAUACGCUGAGAUUCGCUACACUCAGGGAGGCACUGAAUCGAUGGAAAUUGCCAGGAAAUAUUUUUCUCAGGCUGUAAAGCUGAACAGUAACAACAUCAGGGCACUAUACGGCUUGUUUCUGGCUGCAACUCAUUUGGCGUCUUCACAGAAAGCCACCAGCAAGAGUAAAAAGGAGAAUAUCAGAUAUGCUGCCUGGGCAUCUCAACAAUUGCAGCACCGAUAUCGGCUUGCCGAGAGGAAGGAGCCUGAGAGUCAAGUCCAGCAUUUGGUGAAGAUGAUAGAUUCAUUACAGAUCACUGCCUCAUAAUUUAACAGUAAUCUGGUAGAAAGGUUGUUAUAUAAUUGAUGUAAUUUUGGCAAUUUAUGUAUAGCUUGAAUUUUUAACAGAUUUUUUUGGUCAGGGAUUGUUAGUUCUGAGAAAGAUUAUUUUGACUUUCCAUUUCUCACAUUUGGCUUCCUUUGCAUCCUUGGAACCACUUGUGGACUUGUAAUUUGCAAAAAACUUCAAACUUUGGUUUUGUGUAAUACAGUUGGAUUUUCCAUUAGUACAAAAUGGACCCAUGUAAGUCAAGACCUAUGAAUGAAUGUGAUACCAGAAGCUGAAGUCAGAGAAGCAGAGAAAGCACAGUUUGAGAAAUGCACCCAACACUGCAGCACAUGCACAACAUGAAAGAGCACCUUUAAAGAAAACGUUUUCUCUGAUUUUAUCCGUUCAAAUAAAGCAUCCAAAUCAAACGCAGUGUCAUUUGUCUUCAGAACUCGACUAUAACAAGCUUAAAAGGGGUGGUUCUGUUCGUGCCAAGAUGCGAAUUCUGAAUGUAGAUUGAGUCAUGCAUGUAGCUAUUGUUUGUAGCCACUGUUUGGCGUGCACAAGGAUUUAUCCACGAUGAACACAGGGCAAGGGUUCCCCUCAUGUUCUCUGUAUUCUCCAAGUGAUGCAAUCUACAUUCAGAAUUCAUACUUGGCUUGUUAUAGUUGAGCUCUGAAGACAAAUGACACUGUGUUUGAUUUG